CUUUUUAUGUCAGAAGCCCACCAUGUUUUCGUUGCUUGAAGCACAAAGUUGGGUGUGAAACCACCCCGGUGCUUGAACAGUUGCAAUCGUACUUUCCAUGCCUUAGUUCAAAGUCAUACUCAUUUUCCGAGUUCCUCCCCUUUGAGCUUCGAACAAACAACGACAAUGACACGAGCUGGCAAGGUAAUCACAGCGCUGCUGCUGUUGCUCAAUGGAGCAGCAGCGAAGACUGGGUAUGUUCGUGGUUUAGACCGUAAGCGCCACCACAACCGUGGAAGAGCACUCAAGAGUAGUAUGUCGACGAUGUCAUCCAUGUCAAUGAUGUCCUCGACAAUGUCAACCAUGUCUUCCAAGUCAAUGUCCACGAUGUCGUCGAAAUCCAUGUCGACUUCCAUGUCCAUGAUCAGCAAGUCGAUGACAUCCAAAUCCAUGAUGUCCAAGUCCGGAUCGUCCAUGACCAUGGCCUCGGCGGCAGGACCCGACCCAACACCGAAUCCUACCAGGAGCCCGACUGGUACGCCAACACCAGAGCCUACCGCUGCCACUACAACAGCAGCCCCAAUUGGUUCUGGACUUGGUGGUGGCAUCCCUGCAGCCCCAACCCCCGGAGGCGCAGCGGCAAUGGGUCCCGUGGCUGAGGGACGUAUUGCCACCAGUGUCAACAUUACCUACAAGAUUGGUGACAUGGGAGGUGGAGUUGGUGAGAUCCCUGCCGCCCCUACAGCAGCAGAACUCGAAGCCUUGUAUGAGGUUACAAUCGAGUUCUACAAGAUGGUUUUCUCUCAAGGAUUCAACGAAACUUAUGUUGACCUCAUGGCUGGGGAAUUCACGGACUUUGAAGCCCCUGGUGUUGGAUGGAACACCAACUUCCUUGCUGAUGUUGACUUUACGGAGGUGCCAUCUACAGAUGAGGUAGUGGUUGUGAUUGAAAAUGCUGACUACCAAACAUUCAUCCUGCAAAAGGUCAUCCCUGUGGGACCCUUCUUCUCCUUCACUUCAGGUCUCGAUCUUGUUGCCGGUGCAGCCAUUGUGAACAUCACUGAUCCAGCUCCAACCCCUGCUGGUACCCCUGCUAGCCCUGCGCCAACCCCUGGUGGCCCUGCUGUCCCUGCCACCCCUGCCCCAACUGCAACAGCCGGAAAUCCAACUGCUACGCCCACUCGUCGUCCUACCAGGACCCCCACUCGUCGUCCAACCGGUAUGCCGACUCGACGCCCGACCCGAAAUCCCACGCGUCGUCCGACUCCAGAACCAACCAACAGGCCUGCCACACCUGAACCUACCCCCAGACCUCUCCCCAUGACGCUCCCACCACAGCCAAUGCCAGGUGGCGGUAAUCCCACACUUGUUCCAUUGCGUCGUGACCUAUUCUUGGCCGAGGAAGGUAUGCUUGAUGACGACGAUGAAGAAUAUCAAGAGAGCUAAAUAGUUGACAGGAGCAAAGCAAAACCGAGUGAGAACUGGGUUUUGUUUCGAUGGCUGAGUCUACACUGCGUGGAUCUGGGAAACAAAUCGUGAGAAGGAAGGAUGGCUAAAAAAACGUAUGCUUUUCCUUUCGUGGAGAGUGCACUGUUCGAAUUAUAUGGGAUUGGCUUCGGCAAAUAGAAAGAAAGCUUUGUAAGCUGAUAGUGUUUUCGUUGUUACUAUAAGUGCAAUUUUGCUGAU